GUAGGUCAGGCUGCACACCGCCGGCUGCCAUGGCGAACGUGUCUGAGCGGACGCUGCAGCUGUCUGUGCUGGUGGCCUUCGCGUCUGGAGUGCUCGUGGGCUGGCAGGCGAACCGGCUGCGGAGGCGCUACCUGGACUGGAGGAAGCGGAGGCUGCAGGACAAGCUGGCGGUGACUCAGAAGAAGCUGGACUUGGCCUGAGACCCCGCGCGCGCCCGCGCGCCCACCUCGCCUUGCGCUGGCGGGGCCUCCGGCGGGGCUCCGACACGUGACCUACGGUCUCCGUACACACUCUGCAGCGCCUUGCUCUUGAUGGAGUCGGUGAGCGGUACUGACCGUACGGAGACUAAGCGGAGAUGUCGGGGACGGGCGGAUAUCGUGGGGCAGGAGCGCCUGUGGAUACCUUAUAGGAGCAGAUUGUCGAAGAUGGAUACAGAACACUGGACAGAUCUAAUUUCUCCUUGCACUUUAUGAGUCAAUUUUAUUUUCAAAAUAAAAAAAAUUUUUAAACCUC